GCCAACAUGGCGAGUCGGGGCAACGAGGAGCGCACCGACGCCCGCCGUGGCUCUCGCAUCUCCAGGGCCUCCCUGAGAGAAGACUACGCUAAUCUGGACGAGUAUGGCAAGCUCGUUAAGUAUGUAUCCAGCUUCCGAGAUGCCAGCCUUGAGCAGGCGAAAGCUGGUGAAUAUGAAGAGAGACGUGUCUGGUAUGCGCCAUGGAAGAAGCGCAAGGUCCGUGUCCAGCCAGUCGAGGAUGAAGCUGGUCGCUUCCCGGAUGACUGGCUCAUUACCAACAUCCGCGAGGGUCUGUCCAGCGAGGUCGUCAAUCAACGCCGCCAACGUUCUGGAUGGAACGAACUGGUUUCUGAGAAGGAGAACCCCAUUGCCAAGGUUCUUUCUUACUUCCGCGGUCCAAUUCUCUACGUCAUGGAACUUGCCGUCUUGCUGGCUGCUGGUCUGCAAGACUGGGUUGACUUUGGCGUAAUCAUUGGUAUCCUCUGUCUGAACGCCGGAGUGGGUUGGUAUCAGGAAAAGCAGGCCGCCGAUGUCGUUGCGAGCCUCAAGGGUGAUAUCGCCAUGCGUGCUCUCGUCGUUCGGGACAACUCCCAACAGGAGAUACUGGCUCGUGAACUUGUUCCAGGUGAUGUGAUUAUCGUUGGCGAAGGUCAAGUCGUCCCAGCAGAUGCCAAGAUUAUCUGUGACUUCAAUGACCCCAACGGCUGGGAAGAGUACAAGUUACUCCAGGAACAAGGCAUGCUGGACGGUGGUUCCGAUACCGAAGACGAGGAGGAAGAAAAGAAGAAAGAGACUGCCGGGGAGGGCACCAGCGAUGGCCAGAAGCACCCUGCAGAUGGUGGAGAGGAGCAGCCGCAACAGCAUCGACCCCGCAAACGUGGCUACCCCAUUCUGGCCUGCGACCACUCUGCCAUUACCGGUGAAUCUCUCGCCGUUGACCGUUAUAUGGGCGACGUGAUCUUUUACACAACCGGCUGCAAGCGCGGCAAGGCUUACGCUGUUGUCCAAACCGGUGCGAAGACCUCUUUCGUUGGUCGUACCGCGAGCAUGGUCCAGUCUGCUAAGGGCGCUGGCCAUUUCGAAAUUGUAAUGGACAAUAUUGGAACAUCGCUUCUGAUCCUUCAGACCCUGCUUCACUAUACCCUGUCACUGCUGAUUAUUGGUGUUCCCGUCGGUCUCCCCGUCGUAACUACUACUACAAUGGCUGUGGGCGCUGCGUACCUCGCAAAGAAGAAAGCUAUUGUCCAAAAGUUGACCGCUAUUGAGUCUCUGGCUGGUGUGGACAUUCUCUGUUCUGACAAAACCGGCACCUUGACCGCCAAUAAGUUGAGCAUUCGGGACCCUUAUGUUGCCGAAGGUGUCGACGUUGACUGGAUGUUUGCGGUUGCUGCCCUAGCAUCCUCGCACAAUGUGGAAUCUCUGGACCCAAUCGAUAAAGUCACCAUUUUGACCCUGCGUCAGUAUCCCAAGGCCAGGGAAAUCCUGCGACGUGGAUGGAAGACUGAACAAUUCACACCGUUCGAUCCUGUGUCCAAGCAAAUCGUGACCAUCGCUACUUGUGACGGUAUUCGAUACACCUGUACCAAGGGCGCUCCCAAAGCAGUUCUCCAGCUCACCAGGUGUUCGAAAGAGACCGCCGACAUGUACAAGGCCAAGGCUCAGGAAUUUGCCCACCGUGGCUUCCGCUCUCUCGGUGUUGCUGUUCAAAAGGAAGGCGAAGACUGGACCCUGCUCGGCAUGCUGCCCAUGUUUGAUCCGCCACGCGAAGAUACCGCCCAGACUAUCAGCGAAGCCCAGAACCUUGGCAUCAGUGUCAAAAUGCUUACUGGCGAUGCUAUUGCAAUUGCGAAGGAAACCUGCAAGAUGUUGGCCCUUGGUACCAAGGUCUACAACUCCGAUAAGCUUAUUCAUGGUGGACUGAGCGGUGCUAUGGCUAGUGAUCUGGUCGAGAAGGCCGACGGUUUUGCUGAGGUUUUCCCGGAGCACAAGUAUCAAGUUGUGCAGAUGCUGCAAGAACGUGGCCACCUGACUGCUAUGACCGGCGAUGGUGUGAACGAUGCUCCAUCUCUCAAGAAGGCUGACUGCGGUAUCGCUGUGGAGGGAGCCUCGGAAGCCGCACAAUCUGCCUCGGAUAUCGUGUUCUUGGAGCCCGGACUCUCGACAAUCAUCGACUCGAUCAAGGUUGCGCGCCAGAUUUUCCACCGCAUGAAGGCGUACAUCCAGUAUCGUAUCGCCCUCUGCUUGCACUUGGAAAUCUACCUGGUUACUUCGAUGAUUAUCCUGAACGAGAGCAUUCGUGUCGAGCUCAUCGUAUUCCUAGCUCUUUUCGCCGAUCUCGCGACUGUUGCCGUGGCGUACGAUAAUGCAUCAUUCGAACUGCGCCCUGUGGAAUGGCAACUUCCAAAGAUCUGGUUCAUCUCCGUGCUUCUGGGUGUUCUCCUCGCCAUGGGUACAUGGGUUGUGCGUGGCUCGAUGUUCCUCAAGUCGGGUGGCAUCAUUCAAAACUGGGGUUCCAUUCAAGAAGUGCUUUUCUUGCAAAUCGCCCUUACAGAGAACUGGCUGAUCUUUGUGACUCGCGGUAUCCAGACCUGGCCAUCCAUCCAACUGGUGACCGCCAUUCUCGGUGUGGACAUCCUGGCAACGAUCUUUUGUCUGUUCGGUUGGUUCACGAACGAGGACAUGCCGACCAAGCCUGCGGAUCAAUUCGUCGAGACAAAGAAUGGAUGGACAGAUAUUGUUACUGUUGUCCGGAUUUGGGGCUAUUCGCUUGGCGUGGAGAUCGUUAUCGCCCUGGUCUACUUCAUUCUCAACAAGACCUCCUGGCUCGAUGAUCUGGGCCGUGCUAAGCGUAGCAAGGGCGAUAUCAAGAUCGAGAGCGUGCUUGGCCAUCUGGCUCGUCUUACAAUCGAGUAUGAGGAGCCUGACAAGCCCAAGGGCCGGUUCUUCUUGUCCGCCAGCAAGGAAGAGGAAGACGUGGAGUAA